AUACGGUCCAAUCAAUUCACCACGCAACCACAAACAUCAUUUGCUUCUGUCUUCCAAACUAAUAAUGUUGCAAGUACAAACAUAAGUUCCUCUGGAGCAUUAAGCGGAAGUGCAAUUCCACAAACUUUAGAUCAAUUACUCGAAAGACAAUGGGAACAAGGUAGUCAAUUUCUAAUGGAACAAGCCCAGCAUUUUGAUAAAGGUAUUGCAUGCCUCAAGCGCGAUUGCACGAAGGCAUAA